AUGGCUUCCAAGGAGCGGUACUCUGCCAAGGACAAGAGCCUCCACGGGCUGCAUGGUUCACUCCUCCUUCAGGCCAAGCCCGGCUUCUACCUCAUCCUCUUCUUAUUGGCGUGGUUCCUGUUCGUAAGCACUCUCUUCAAUUCUCACCGUGGUGGGCGAUCGGAGGGGCAGAUCCUUGACCUUCGUUCCCACGCCGGAGAUGAAGUCGGCCAGCUCUCUGCCGUCACCGGUAGGUGCCCUGAGGGCAUUGCUCAGUUUUAUAUGUACGAUCUGCCCCCCCGGUUCAACUUCGCGCUUCUUGAUGCCUGCCGCACGCUCAACGUAUACACUGAUAUGUGCCCGCACGUCGCCAACCGCGGCCUCGGCCAGCUCAUCUUCAGCGCACCGGGAGAUGAACUCCGCCGAGCCGAUGGCAGCUGGUACGCCACCCAUCAGUUCAUCGGGGAGAUGAUCUUCCAUGCAAGAGCAGAGCGACACCCUUGCCGGACUACGGACCCCCUCGUUGCCGAGAUCUUCUACGUUCCCUUCUACGGGGGCCUCCACGCCUCCAGCAAGUUCAGGGAACCCGAUCUCGCCGAGCGCGAUCGCCUGGCGGUGGAGCUCGAGGAAUUCCUCCUCGAUCAACCCACCUGGUGGCGGCGCAACGGCGGCGACCACUUCCUGGCGCUGGGCCGCACCGCUUGGGACUUCAUGAGGGACGACGCCGACGGCUCUGUAGACUUCGGCGCCAACCGUCUCCUCCGACUCCCCGCCGUAGCAAACAUGUCGGUGCUCACCGUGGAGCGAAAUCCUUGGAAAGGCCACAACCAGUUCGGCGUCCCCUACCCGUCCUACUUCCACCCUCGCACGGAAGAGGAGGUGCUCUCAUGGCAGGACGCGAUGCGGCGAGCCAGGCGGACGCACCUGUUCGCCUUCGUGGGCGGUCCCCGGAAGGGGAUAGAGAAGGCGGCCGUGAGAGCGGCGAUCCUCGAGCAGUGCGGGGCCUCGCCGAGGUGCCUGAGGGUGGAGUGCGAGCCGGGCUCGAGCCAGUGCCACGACCCGGACCGCGUACUGGAGGUGAUGAUGGGGUCAGAGUUCUGCUUGCAGCCGCCGGGGGACUCCUUCACGAGGCGGUCGGUGUUCGACGCCGUGCUGGCGGGCUGCGUUCCGGUCUUCUUCUCUCCGCACACGGCGUACACGCAGUACGGUUGGUUCCUGCCGGCGGACGCGGCGGAGUACUCGGUCUUUCUCGACGGCGAGGAGCGGUGGGGCCGCAUUGAGGAGGAGCUGUCGCAGAUCCCGCAAGAGGAAGUCGCCAGGCUGCGAAGCCGUGUGAUCGGGCUGAUCCCCCGGCUCACAUAUGCGCAUCCCAAUGCCACUAACCUCGCCUUCAGGGACGCCGUCGACGUGGUCCUCGCUCGGCUGACAGAGGUCGUGAGGCAGCGCUUCGGAGAGUGA